ACCACUAUGCGUGAGUGUGUAUGCGUGGUAGUUAUCCAAACUCUUUACCAAUUACACCUGCUUUCCAUUUCCUCAUGCCACCGUAGCUUCCGCUGGCUCAUAAAUAAUAAAUAUGUCCGCCAGCAACAGUCAGUCAGGCAAAGAGAGCCAAGAGAGGAUGGAGACUCAGAUCAUGGCCGUGGUGGCCCUCCUGGUGGGGCUCGUGUGGUCGUCCAACCCGAACCGUUGCUACGAGGAGGGGGAGCUGAGCAAGGUGGCCCUCAGGAAGCUGGCGAGCCACUACCCGCAGCCGCAGGAGCCUGAGGUGGUAUCGGCCCACGACUCCCCCGCUGAGUGCCCCCUGGACCUCUACUCGCAUUGGGACCUGGAGAAGAGGUCACUGUCUCCCUGGAGAUACGUAUGGAGACCCAUGAAGGACCACUACCCGUCCAUCUACGUUGAAGCUCAGUGUCUGUGCUCCGGGUGCAUCGUGAUCAACAGUAAAGGGAGAGCCGAGUUGACCCACGACUACAACUCGGCUCCCGUCAAUCAGACCCGAGUGUUUCUGAAGCGGGAGCGCUGCGUUGACGGGAAAACGUACUACUUGAAGCCUGUCUCCGUGGUUGUGACGGUGGGCUGCACCUGCGCCAGACCUCGUCUUGUGUAGUCUCAUCUCAGGUCAACUAUGAUCUCCUGCUGGAAUGUGGAUUUUGUGAUGGUGGCGUCCCAUUCCAGAACAAUUGGAGUUGACCUUUUCUGUUUUUGCUGUAAUUCAGUCAAGACUUUAGGGUUCAAAGUUGAACCAACUUUUAUUUAUUCUACACUAUUUAUUUAUUGUCAUGUUUACAGUGCUGCAUUUUGUCUCAUAAGGGGAAUUUAAAAAAACAAAACUGUUUUUUUAAUGAAGAUGUUCUAGUAUUUUAACAUACAGUAUUCGGAACUCAUUUGAUCUAUUCUGCAAGACUUAGAUGUUUUGAGAGUGAACGAAGAACAUCUGAUAUUGGAAGCCAGUGAAUUGAUGUAUCUAUGUUGAUAUCGUGUUUGUAUUGUCCCAAUGGGACCAGUCGACUGGAUUUAAAAAGAGAAGUUUCUUUUAUGAAGAUGUUCUGGUAUUUUAACAUACAAUAUUCGGGACUCGUUUGAUCUAUUCUGCAAGGUUUAGAUGUUUUGAGCGUGAACGAAGAAGAUCUGACAUUGAAAGCCAGUGAAUUGAUGUAUCUAUGUUGAUAUCGUGUCUGUAUUGUCCCAAUGGGACCAGUCGACUGGACUUGUAUGGUUAGCUUCAUUCAACCAAAAUAAAGAUGACAUUACUUUCUCAUGGUU